AUGUUCUACUCGGCGCAAGCGACGACAAGCUGCCGGAGGACGGUGCACCAGUGGGACAUCGCCAAGGCGUACGGGAAGAGCCGGGCGGCGAUCAGCAAGGUGCUGAAGCCGGAGUACGCGCUAGGGGUGAUGAAGACGGCGGAGGGGCUACAAAUGAAGGGGCGGACUAUGGUGCUGAGAGCCAUCAGGGAAGAGUCGAAGAAGAAGAAAAUGCAGCGGCAGCAUCAGCAGCAGAAACAGAAGGGAGACACUCAUGAAAAAGCUCGCCAGAAAAGAACAUGA